UCCCACUGAAGUUCGAGGUUAUCGCAUGAGACACUCCACAGACAUGUAUAGACUGCUGUGCCCCGCCCUGGCCGCCCUGUGCACGCUGGCGCUCGCGUCGCCCACCGUCGCGCCCGCGGGCCAGCCGCUCGCCGCUACCGCCGCCAACGACAACGCGACGCGCGUGGCCAUGUACUGGCGCCACAUGAUCGGCCGGCAUCCGCAGGCGGCGGCGCAGGCGUCCAUGUACUGGAGGAUGAUGUCCGUCGAGGACCCCGAAGGAGCCGCCGAGGCCGCCAUGGAGGCCCGCAAGUCCACGGCGACCGACCCCGAGGGCAUGGCGCAGGCUGCCUUCUACUACCGGGGCAUGGCGUCCCGCACGGGCUCCUUCGCUCGCCUCGCCGACGAGUACUGGCGCAAGAUGGCCGCGCACGACCCUGAGGUCACCGCCAGGUCGGUCAUGUACUGGCGGAGGGACCCCUCGACCGCCAUGUACUGGUAGGAAGGACAAGACCGUGCGCGUGUGCGUGCAAGGCUGUAUACGUGUAUGUGCGUGGCCGUGUAUAUGUUUGUAAGAGUAUCUAUCUAUCUCUGUGUCUGUAUAUGUCUGUCUACAUGUGUGUCUGACCUCCGCUCAGCUUCUGACCCAGCUUGCCACCGCGACAAACUUCCGUCAUGCAACUCUAUUGACCAUCAUCCGGGCGGCUUAAUAUGCACAGCAUGGCUUCGGCAGAAGCCGAGAACUGCCUGGUUACGGAGCCAGCAGAUAUCUGGUCUGCCAUGCUCGAGCAGCGCCCCUAUGGCUCGGACCAGAACAUCUCUCUCUCUCUCUCUCUCUCUCUCUCUCUCUCUCUCUCUCUCUCUCUCUCUCUCUCUC